CGCGAUUUCCUUCUUGCAGCCGGCACGUUGUUCGCAUGCUGAACCGGCUCGGACAAAGAGUGUAAGAGAACGGUUAGUGUGUAUGUGCGCGAAAGCAAGUCUGCGGCGAGGGGGUUGGUUAGCAAAAGGGGUUGAAAGGGAGAGGCACAGCACGCGUGCGACCGGCUUCGACUAAGAAAAGUCGAAAAUCUUAAUUCGGGGGCGGUGCCAGGGUUGCGAUGCGAUGGGCGGCGACUGGUAAGCGGCGAUUGGCUUGGUUCGGCCAAAGGGUGAGAGAUUUGCUAGGGGGGUGGCGGUGAUAUGCGCCGCGACGCCAGGACGUCGGCGUGUUCACGUCUGCUCGACGCGGUCCUCUUGGUGCUCGAGGACGCCAGUCAACGCCGGGCGUUCCAAGCGUACAGUCGCGGAUAUUUUCGUCGUCGUCGAUCGACGAUCGCGCGCGUGUUCGUCACGUUGUUCCUCAUCGAUCCAGAUCGAAAUCGACUGAUCUAGGAUGCGCUCGAGGGACGUAAUAUUUUAUAAAAUCCUCGCCUAAUCGACCACGCGUGUAUCGUUGUCCUGUCGAAAAAGUGGAACGUGCGUAAGUUUGUUUACUCUGUGAUCGGUUGGGAUGGAAGCUCGUCCGGAUACCGCUUACGGAGAACGUUUCCGAUGCGCCAAGCUCGACGAAUCGUUCGAACGCUCAAACGGGCAGCGUGCGUGCGCGGAUAAACAUUGGUGUAUCUCGAGGGCAUCGUUUCGCGAACGGAAGGCCAAUCUUGACCGUUUCUCGAGAGAAACCAGAGACGCCGGUGGUGUGUCUGUUCAUUGCGGAUGCGGUUCUUACGCGAAUCGUGAUUGUGCUAACGAUUUCGGCAAGCUGCAGCCCGGAAUUAGGCUGAUGGUUAGAGAAAGCAGGGGAACCAGGUUCAAUUUUGUGCCCAGGAUGAUGGCUGUCUUUAUGGUUGCCUUCGUCAUGCUGCUCGACACUCGGCAAGCUUCCGCAGCUUUCACCACCGUUACCACCGUCCCAGAUCCUGAAUUCGUCGAAGAAAUAGGGAAUAUUACAGUUCCAGCAGGACGUAACGUUAAAUUAUCCUGCAGUGUCAAGGAUCUAGGACAAUAUAAGGUGGCCUGGAUGCUUUUCGAGAAGAGCGCUAUCCUGACAGUACAACAUCACGUUAUUACCAGGAACCCCAGGAUAUCCGUGUCGCAUGAUAAGCAUAGGACCUGGUCCCUACAUAUCAAAGAUGUUCAGGAGGACGACGAGGGAAGGUACAUGUGCCAGAUUAACACAGCGACUGCGAAAACACAAUAUGGUUAUCUGCAUGUCGUUGUACCUCCGAAUAUAGAAGAUUAUCAGACAUCCUCGGACGCCAUCGUUAGAGAAGGCUCCAAUGUGACUCUAACGUGCAAGGCGACCGGAAGUCCCACGCCGACCAUAAGCUGGAAAAGAGACGACAAUCAGCAGAUUUCAAUUAACAAGACUCUCUCUGUUCCCGAAUGGAAAGGUGAGACGUUGGAAAUUACUCGGAUCUCCAGGCUGGACAUGGGUGUCUAUUUAUGCAUCGCGACGAAUAGCGUGCCUCCGACGGUCAGCAAACAGAUCAAAGUCUCCGUUGACUUUCCCCCUAUGCUCUGGAUACCGCAUCAAUUGGUCGGCGCACCCUUGGGUUACGCCGUCACGUUGGAAUGCCACACCGAGGCACAUCCGACUUCUUUGAAUUACUGGACCAGAGAAGAUGGCGUGAUGAUUCAUGAAAGUAGCAAGUAUAAAGCUACCUCAACACCGGAGAAACCUUCUUAUAAGACGCACAUGACCCUCACUAUAUACGAUCUCCAGGAAGAAGACUACGGAAGCUACAAAUGUGUAGCUAAAAAUCCCCGUGGAGAAACUGAUGGCACAAUCCGCUUAUACAAGUCCACGCCGCCGAGCACCAGCCCCAGUCCGUCCACCACCGAGAUGCCGAAGAAAGAUUGGGAGCUGAUGGCCGAAAUGAAUAACUCCGUUUACGGGAACCCGAGCUCGCUCACGAUUCACAACGAGAAAGGCAUGAAAUCAGGUAAUAAAUUUCAAUCGAACCUCAGCGAGAUCGGAAAGUCCGAACAGAAAUCGAGCGAUCCGGAUAGGAAGAGAAAUUACAAUUGGACUCCAGACAGCGAUUCAGCGGCGAGCAUCACGACCACAGGAAUGCUUCUAAUGAUCGUUCUGAUAGUUACAUCCGUCAUUCGAUAAAUGGACGCCUUCUAAUUGAUCAUCUGUAAUUAUUGACUCGAUUUAUAGGGAAAAUGACUAGACACGAAUACACAGGUACACUUAACACAGACACUAUGAAAGAUUGACUGAGUAGUUAGCGUGGAAGGGGAAUAAAUAAUAAUAAGGUUAAUAAUAAUUACGCGUGCCAAGUCAGUGUAGCGCAGUGUACAAGACGACGAACGAAUAGAAAAUGAAUUUCUACGGUGUAUGCACGAGUUAAAUGACCGGAGGAUCAGAGGAGGGAGGGUAAAUCACAAAGUGCAACGACUAUCGCUUUCAGUGUAAAAUAUUGUAUAACGCCGUAAUUUCGCCGCAGAAACUGCGCCAACGGUCUCGAAUUUUCCAAGUAAUUUUCAUUUCGAUCCUUCAAUUUUCAGGGGACGAUAAAAACAGCGAUGCAAGCGUGAAUUGUGUCUCAGCCAUCGAUUUCACCUUUCCAUUCUUUUUUUCUACGCUCGGACGAUUCUUUCACUAUGUUCCUCUUUUUAUUCCGUCUGCGAAGACUUCCUUCCACCCUCUUUUCUCCCCCUCGUUCCGUUUCUUAUACACGAAAUCGCGGAUCCCAUCUGGGUACUUGAGAUUAAAACGUCAGAUUCGGUACAGGGAAUGCUCUCGCAUAAAGGGAUGUUCGGGGCACGAAUAUUAUUCGCGAACGUCUUCGAAUCGACGAGCUCUCGGUUCGGCAAAAAGAAAUUAUAAUGAAUCCUUGGAAUAUUUCUUUUCGGGAAAUGCGCCCUCUUUGUUGGCUCGGCAACGAAGUGACGCCUGUGGAAACGAACUUGUAGCUUUCACGAGAGUGCCAAUUACACGCGGGAAAGCGUUUUCCCCUUUUGUCGCGACGUAGUUCUCGGAGGGAUACUCGUGUAGAAUCAAGCUCAACCGGAGCUUGCAACACUCUGUUCCCGCUUUUCUCUGUUCCGUGCCACUUUUGUUGCGCUCUUUAUCGCAUUAUUUAGCUGCGAAGGCUCUCGCGCGGGAAACAACCCUGAGGGCGGAAAAAUAGGAUGCUUCUAUAAAGAUUAAUUUCGACAUAAUGCCACCGUAAUUAAUGUUACUCUUGCUCUGACCUACUCCGCGAAAUUGUUUCAGAAUGUAUGAAAGGGUUGUUUCAAAAUGAGCGCAUAAUAAAUGCGCCAUUUCAAAGGACAGUGGAAACGUUUAGAAAUGAAGAAAUCUGAUUACUUUCGCGACAAGCAUCGAAUAAAACGAUUUUAUUGGCCUGUAAAAACAUCGAAUAGCUUUCACGAAUAAUUUUGCAGAUUUAUCGGGGAUGCGAAACAUCGCUUACCAAUUUUCAGUUUCACCUGAACUCCGAUCGCUGCUUUUUAUUCGGUGUGUGUCAAUUUCGAUAAUUUAAAAUGUCUCCUCGCUUUGCCGAUGAAACGGGAAAAAGAAAUAUGAAAUAUUUCAGUACGGGGAGCAAUUCUCUGUCGCGCAUUAAUAUCAAAUGAUUUUCCUAUUGAUUUUAAUCCAUCAAGGGUAUUAACGUUUCGAAUCCCGUGAACGCGAAUUAAUUGUAAUAUCCGGGCGAAUUAAAUAAUCGGGGAAAAAGCGUAUUUUCAAAGGGAAUAUUGAUGCAAAGCAGAAUAACCGAAUACCGUCAUAAACUUUGCCUCGAUUUGUAUCCUGAAAAGUUUAUUAAAUCCGUUCCGGAUUUUGGAGAUGAUUCCGAUUUUAAAAUAUUUCCCUUUUAAAAAUCAUUGGGGAUGCGUAGGUGGAAUCGACGGCACUGUUCAUUAUCUUGUCACUGCGAUUAAUUUAUUCCCGCGUUAAUUAACGGGCUUUGGAAUUUAUCCGUGAACGCGCAAACACGUUCGCAGUGUGUCGGUUUAAAGCGGACUUCGAACUACUUAGGAAUAUCCAUUAUUCAGCGUACAGCUUGUUUAAAGCAACAGGUUCGAGAAUCCCGGCACGCGAAGGGGUUAAAGCCCAUGAUGGAUUAAAGAAGGGUAGGAUUCCCAUGGACUUACUUAAUUUUGUCAUCGCCACCGACAAACACUGAUUUCUGCUCUGAACAACUUUCAUCUUUGACGGAUUAAAGGAAAAAUUAUACAUGGUUUCUGUUAAUCCCCGUAUAUUCUUUAGAAAUACAAGGGUUGGAUAGAAUAAUGGAAACACUUUAUACAUUAUAGUCCAGUAGAUUUAUAGAAUUUAUUCUCUAUCAAAAUAAGACUUAAAAUUUGAGAGAAAUGAUCAUGUGGACAAUUAUGAUGUUUUUAAUACAAAAUAGUUAGUGGCUAAUUAUAGCAAAGAAUGACCAAUUUGAAAAGGUGUGUAAAUUCUAAUACAAUUUCAUGACAGAAAAGUAUCGGUAAAUGGCAUUUAUGGUACAUCAAAAAUUCUCCUGGGAAUAAAAGUAAUUAAAAAACAAAAUGCAACAUUUUCUUUAAAGCUAUUUUACUUAAAUAUACUGGAUUAUAAUGUAAUUUAAGUUUAUUAAAUAUUUGAAUUUUUCUUAUUAUAUUUUACAGUUAUUACACAUAUAAAUGGCAUUCUUUUGAUAAAUUCUUUUUUUCUUUUUUUUUUCAUUUUUCUUGAGUUUCUUAUGGUGUUCCUUUGAAAAUAGAGAACGAUGGCGCACAUCUACCCUAUACGAAUAUCGGCCUGAUAUAGUAACGUUCAACUCGUCAGCUGGCGGAUGUAAAUACGAGUAAAUAGAUUAAUUAAGUGUAGAAGAAAAGAGGAGACGAAGUGUUCUCGUGACAUGAAAUGAAUUCAAAAAUGUUUUUGAAUUACAAGAACAUUUCGUCCUGCUUCGCAAUGAAUUUAGAAUAAGUACGAGGCGUCGAGUUAAAAAUGACCUAGGUGGUUGGAAUUGAUUCAUUCCUCUUUAAAACCCUUGUUUCCACCCCCAUCAUUGAAUGAAAUAAAAAUUUCAUCUAUUGAAAUUUGUUUCAAUUUACUUUUCAAUUGUUUCAAUUUUUGACAGAGGUCAGAAUCAGUUCCAAACACAGGGAUCUUAAGCCACGAGCAUUUUCCUUUGGUUCAUUAAUUUCCACGUGUUUUCUACGGCCACUGUAAACAAUUGCAAACGAUAGACACGGUGACAAGUAAAUACCAUAGGGAAGGAUAUUUUGACCUAUAGCGUAACGAAAUCAAGACGAGUAAACUCGUCUUAGUGGUUAAGUGGUUUUAAGUGGUCGGACGCAUCGUUUCCGCUCGAAUCCAAAGUUAAUCGGAAGUGGAUCUAGGCAUCUUACAAAUUUCCAUCUACGCUAAGUACGUCGUUGAUUAAGUUAAACAUCAUAAAAUCGACAUUUGAUAUAAAACAAAAAGAAUUUCACAAACUUCACAAAUUUCACUCUUACAACUUUUCUCGAAGAAAACAAAAUUAUUUGUUGAAAGUGUAUUAAUUUUUUAUUAAGUUUCAAGGAAAAACGAUGCGAACGAGAGACUUGGGAAUAAAACGAAUUAAACGCGAAGGUAUAUAUGUAUACAUAACACAGAAUAUAAAUAUAUAAAUAUAUAAAUAUACGAAUUAAGAGGGACUAUUGAAUAAUGAUAUAUCAUAUAUAUAUAUAUAUAUUGUAUGUUACAUGAUAUAUUAUUAUAAUAUUAUUAUGCUUUGCGCCGUUGAGUUGAAUGUUGUUAUUUACAUGAGAAAACAAAUGAGAGAGAGAUUCUUAUGGAUACACUCGACAUAUGUAAUAAAAUUAUGGGCAAAGUAACUUGCUCAGUAAAAGAAAGA